CACAGGAAGUUGCGGGAAGCCGGGAAGAGGGGUGCCGAGGCGGGCUGGUGGGCAGCGAGCUGGAGCCAAGCUGGGUCGGGGGACUGCUGGGCAGGCGGUUAUUUGUUGAAUGCUGAUCUCCCCAUCAGCUCCAAGAGGAGAUGUCUGUCUUGCUCACCGUGGUAUCCGCAGUUCCUAGGUCAGGGCCUACACCUCGCAGGUGCCCUAUAGACAUGUGAGAGAAAGGGAGUGCUUUUCCCUGGGCUCCCUGCUGUCACUCAUCUUGAACAUUCCCCUUGGAGAACUUGCAGAUGGAAAGAGAAUUCAAAGCCCUCUCAGCCAACUUGAUACUCACAGAUCUGAUUUGCAUCCUGAUUCAAAGUGUUAGAGACCCCAAAUCACUGACCGCAAAGCCAACCAUUUAUCCCAUUUAAUGAGACGAUUGGAAAGAAUGUGAGCUCCGGCAGAGCAGGGGCUGCCUCUGACUUGUGCGCCCCAAACCCUGGAACCACCAGGCACAUAGCCUCCCGGUGAUUGCUGGAAUGGACAGCUCUCUGACAGGCUGCGCUAGGGCCGAGCACUUCCACACCGUCACUCCUCUGCUGGAGAGCUGGGCGCUUUCCCAGGUGGCAGGCACGACUGUCUUCCUCAAGUGUGAGAAUGUGCAGCCGGCCGGUUCCUUCAAGAUCCGGGGCAUUGGGCAUUUCUGCCAGGAGAUGGCCAAGAAGGGAUGCAGACACCUGGUGUGCUCCUCAGGGGGCAACGCAGGGAUUGCUGCUGCUUAUGCCGCUCGGAAACUGGGCAUCCCUGCCACCAUUGUGCUCCCGGAGGGCACCUCCCUGCAGGUGGUGAGGAGGCUGCAGGGGGAGGGGGCUGAGGUUCAGCUGACCGGAAAGGUCUGGGACGAGGCCAGUCUGAAGGCGCAAGAGUUGGCCACGAGGGAUGGUUGGGUGAACGUCCCUCCAUUUGACCACCCCCUGAUCUGGGAAGGCCACGCCAGCCUGGUGCGAGAGCUGAAGGCAGCACUGGGGACCCCACCGGGGGCCCUGGUGCUGGCAGUAGGGGGUGGAGGGCUCCUGGCUGGGGUGUCAGCUGGCCUGGCAGAGGUGGGCUGGCAGCAUGUGCCCAUCAUAGCUGUGGAGACCCAAGGGGCACACUGUUUCAAUGCAGCCGUCAAGGCGGGCAGGCUAGUCACGCUGCCGGACAUCACCAGCGUGGCCAAGAGCCUGGGUGCCAAGACUGUGGCUGCGAGGGCCCUGGCAUGCGUGCAGGAACUGGAGAUCAUCUCUGAGGUGGUGGAGGAUGUCCAGGCUGUGAGCGCCGUGCAGCAGUUCCUGGAUGACGAGCGCAUGUUGGUGGAGCCUGCCUGCGGGGCAGCUCUGGCUGUCAUCUACUCAGGCCUCCUGGGGAGACUCCAGGCUGAGGGCCGCCUGCGCCCCUCCCUGGCCUCGGUCGUGGUCAUUGUGUGUGGAGGCAACAGCAUCGAUGGUGGAGGGCUGCAGGCUCUGAAAGCCCGGCUGGGUCAGAGCUGAGGGCUCCUUGUCUGGGAUGGACACCCCUGUAGCUGGCUGAGGCUUGCUCCCUGUGCUCAUGGCUGGCGGUGGAAGCUGCCCCCUGCUUCUGUACGAGCUGCCUCCUGCAGGAAGCCCUCCUGAAAUGCUUCCCUUGGCUGCCCUGCAGCCCUGGCCAAUAAACACGCUGCGUUGAAUUUGUAA